UUGACAGUCGAUUUUUUUUUAGCACAUCAAGAGAGCAGUAUGAAGGCUCCGAGGAGGCCGAUCCACGCUGUGUCAACAUGGGUUAAACGGCAACCGCCAAAGGUAAAGGCUUUUCUGGCGGUGGUCGCCGGCAUGACAGUUCUGGUGCUGCUACGUGCCAUUGUUCACGAUCACGACAACCUUUUCGUCGCCGCCGAGGCUGUUCACGCCAUCGGAAUCUCCGUUCUUAUCUAUAAGCUCACCAAAGAGAAAACUUGUGCUGGGAUUUCACUCAAAUCCCAGGAGCUCACUGCUCUGUUUUUGGCUGUCAGACUGUAUUGUAGUUUUGUCAUGGAAUAUGAUAUACAUACCUUACUUGAUUUAGCUACAUUGGCGACAACGUUGUGGGUUAUUUUUAUGAUCCGAUUUAAACUUGAAUCAAGUUACAUGGAGGACAAAGACAAUUGUUCAGUUUAUUAUGUGGGGAUCCCUUGUGCUGCCUUAGCCUUACUAAUUCAUCCAUCAACAUCACAUCACUUGAUCAAUAGAAUCUUCUGGGCUUUCUGUGUUUACUUGGAGGCGGUUUCUGUGCUUCCUCAACUUCGUGUCAUGCAAAACACUCAGAUAGUUGAACCAUUCACGGCUCACUAUGUAUUUGCUUUGGGUGUUGCGAGGUUCUUAAGCUGCGCUCAUUGGAUUCUCCAGGUUUUGGACAGUAACGGCCAUCUACUAGUAGCGUUGGGUCAUGGUCUAUGGCCUUCAAUGGUGCUUAUAUCUGAAGUUGUUCAGACAUUCAUCUUAGCAGACUUCUGUUACUACUACGUUAAAAGUGUUUUUGGAGGACAGCUAGUUUUGCGCCUUCCUUCAGGUGUUGUGUAACUGAAGUUUGUGCUAAGUGAUGGACAAAUUUCGCGUACCACGCUUGGCUUUGCUUAUUUUUUUUGUAUCCUACACAAGUCCAACUUGGUCUAGUUUCUCCAGGGGUAAAACCAAGAGUGGAUGUUUUUGUAAAGCUAGCACUAUUUAAAUUAAGUAGUUGAUUUUGUGGCUAUCAAU